AUGCCCCGCGAAGAGGAUGAUUCUCUCGCUCAAGUCGAGCAUGAUCAAUAUCACUCUACAGCUUACAGUGCUGCAGGGGCCGCUCAAAUGAGCUUCACACCUAUCAAUCAGAUUCAUCAACAUCUCUGUGGACUCCAUAUAUACUCUCAUGAUCCUAAAAGGGCCGUCAAAGCUCAUCAUUAUUGUACCCACCUUCGAAAAGAUUUACAUCAAUGUGUAAUUUACGAUAGUGAUGAUAAGAAUGCAAGGCUGAUCGGUAUAGAAUACCUCGUACCUGAAGAAGUAUUCAUCAAGCUACCAGAAGAAGAAAAGAAGUACUGGCAUUCACACAAAUAUGAAGUUGAUUCAGGCAUGUUAAUGCUAGGUACCAAAGCACUUGUUCCCAACGCUAUGACGGACCUUGCAGAACGUCCAGCUAUGUUAGAGCUUCAUCGAACGUAUGGAAAAACGACUCAUACUUGGGCCUUCGACCAAUAUCCUGAUCUCCCAUUAGGUCCUCCACAGGUGAUGAUGGCUUAUACGGAAGAUUCCCAAGUUGAUGAAGAUUUACUGAAUGAAAGAGACAAGGAAAUGGGUGUUGAUACAGCUGCUAAAAGAAGAGUACGAGAAGAAUAUCUGAUCAAAGAAGAUUUGGAAAGACCGCCUGCAGAAGGAGCUGACCAAAUUUGGAGUAAAGGUAGAAAAGGUCAAUUGGAAUGGGUUGAUCAAGAUUCCAAGCAAUAG